AAAAAGCCCAAGACUCUGCAGAGCAUCAGAGCAACGGCUUGCGCUUUCCCCUGCAUUUGCCGGUACCCGGUAGAUCGCUCCGCAGCCGCAGGCAGCAUCCCCUCCUCUGAACCGAAGCAAGCUCGCCGCCGCCGCCGUCUCGUCCCGAAGGAUUCCAGCGUCCGCCGCGAAGGUCGCGAGGGAGGGAAGGCGGAGAUGCGGCGGUCGCUGUCGUCGCUGGUCCGGCCGGCGCGGGGGUUCUGCACCAAGCCCGAGAAGGUCGUCGCGUCCGUGCUGUUCGAGAGGCUGCCCGUCGUCGUCCCAAAGAUCGACCCCGUGGUCUACGCGUUUCAGGAGUUCUCAUUUCGUUGGUGUCAGCAGUAUCGGAGGAGAUAUCCAGAUGAGUUUCUAGACAAGUCCAAUGCCAGGGGAAAAGGUGAUUACCAGAUUGACUAUGUACCAGCUUCUCGGAUCACUGAAGCUGACAAAACAAAUGAUAGAAAGUCUUUACAAAGAGCGUUAGACCGGAGAUUGUAUCUUCUUCUUUAUGGUAACGCGUAUGGUUCUCCUGCUGCUGAUCCUGUCUGGCAUUUUCCUGAAAAGGUUUAUGAAUCUGAGGAGACAUUGCGAAAGUGUGCAGAGUCAGCACUGGAAUCCGUGUUAGGAGAUCUGUCACAUACUUAUUUCGUUGGAAAUGCUCCUAUGGGUCAUACGGUCAUACAACAAACAGAAGAUUCAGCGAAAGUGCCAUCUUUUAAGCGAUUCUUCUUUAAGUCUCAAGUUAUUGCGACAAACAAGUUUAACGUUCGGAAGUGCAAGGAUUUUGUCUGGGUCACCAAGGAUGAACUGCUGGAGUAUUUUCCAGAGCAAGCUGAAUUCCUUAAUAAGAUGAUCAUUAGCUGAUUCUAUUCUGUAGUCAUGUAGUUGAGCAAAAUUCCUUUCGGGAGUAUCUUCUUUUAUCUUUCUUAGCCUGCCUUAAUUGUUGUUUUAGCUGGCGGACUGAUGGUGUGAGAAAUGAAUAUUCGGCUGCAGCGAGGGAUCUUUGCUAGACAUUUAGGAUUUUGUUUAGUUUCCUGUUCCCAUAUUGUAACCUUCCAAUAUCUAUAGGGAGUGAGUUUACGUCAAAAAGAUGAGGCAUAGCUAAUGCUUUUUGAUUUCAAGUUGAACCUUGAUCUGCAAAUAAAAGUAUCAAAGAUUUGUUGUUCCUUUUUUAA